GCAGCGUGGAACGUGACGGUGCAGUGGUAUGGAGGGGACGUGUCCUGCAAACUCCUCAACUUCCUCAAGCUCUUUGCCAUGUACGCGGCCGCCCUGGUGCUGGUGGUCAUCAGCCUGGACCGGCACGCAGCCGUCCUCCACCCCUUCUCCCGCGCUCGCCGCCGCAAUGGACUGCUGCUCCGUGCUGCCUGGGCCGGCAGCGUGCUCCUGGCUUCACCCCAGCUUUUCCUCUUUCACCUGCACACGGCCCCGGGAGGGAACUUCACCCAGUGCGUUACUCACGGGAGCUUCCGAGCGCACUGGGAGGAAACCGUCUACAACAUGUUCACCUUCACCACCCUCUACAUCACCCCUCUGAGCGUCAUGAUCGUUUGCUACAUCCGAAUCAUUUGGGAGAUCAGUAAGCAGUUGAAGAUCAACAAAGGUUUGAUAGGAAAUCAAAAUGACCACAUCUCCAAGGCACGCAUGAAGACUCUCAAGAUGACCAUAGUGAUUGUUGCCACCUUCAUCAUCUGCUGGACCCCAUACUACCUCCUGGGCUUGUGGUACUGGUUCCAGCCAGCCAUGAUCCAGAAGAUGCCGGAGUAUAUCAACCACAGCUUCUUUCUCUUUGGCUUGCUGCACACCUGCACUGACCCUGUCAUUUAUGGACUGUAUACCCCCUCCUUUCGCGAGGACGUGCAGUUGUGUCUCAGGGGCAUUGAAACAGCCAUUACCAGGCAUGAGAGACACAAACCUGUCUCAGUCUUGGAGAACAACAUCAAGGAUGGUGCUGUAAAUGGUGGGGUGGCAUCAGGGGGCUCAAAUGGGACAACUGUCAACACGGUCUGCUGA